GGAUCCAUUCACGAGAGUUUUGAAUCCAGAUAUGGUUAGUCCUGACUCCACGAGCACGAGCGUUGGAUUUAAUGGGCGGUAAGUUAGUGAAUGCAGCAGUUCAGCACGCUGGGGUUAAAGCUCUCGAGAUAAGUGUUUGGCAUAUAAUACUACCUUCUUUUGGGCUCCUAUACUUUUGCUCUUGUGCUGACUCUGCCCUCGAAUAGUUGCCAAGUAUGUGGCCUGGACACAGUGAUAUUUUCUGCUCAGCGCAGACCGGAAAAAGAGAAAGAGAGUCACACUUCAAGUGGACGUCCUUCAUUCUAUCAAUAGGAUUCUUGAUUAGUAUCAGGAUAAUUACGCCACAAGUUCAUACUCUUGAUACUUCGUUCCACUUGGGCUAUGCGGGCCCAUUGAAGCAUUGUAACAGUGAAUGUUCUUCGCACCUACAAUGCCUUAAUCGGAAACGACGAGCUCUUCAGCAGCCAUCCUUCUACUCACAACAGACUCCACAUCUCUCGUUUGCUCUGCGGUUUUACUUUGAUGCAAUACAAAACAAGGCUGUGGCUCAGCCCAUAUGCUUACCGACCAACCUGAAUAUUUCACCGCCGGCAUUGUUUCCUAGAACUCCAGCAUCGAGGCCAUCGCAGCACAUAUCUGGCGCAUCAGCGUCAUUUCUACGCUCCUACCACAUAUGCCACAGAAAACCCACUAUUCUAGAGCUCCUCGAAGCUUAUGCCGACUGCGAUUUGUGUGGCCAACACGCUUGCUUUAUCUGUUUGCGACGGUGUGACGUAGCUGACUGCCAUAGCCGGGCUGGCCAGGAAAAUCAAGAGCGAGGGCGGAGUUCCCUAGAGGGUCUGCAGUCGCGGACAGAUGCUAGCAUCUUGGAGUGAUCCAAUAUACUCUUGUGUAAAAAUUAAGGAGGCAAUAUUGGUUACGUUUACGACUAGAAACACGCCACUUGACACACAUAUAUGUCUGGUUACCGAGUACCAGCAGCAUGGCAUAUCACACAGCCCAGAACGACUAUUAUCAGUAGCUGCUGCUAAGUUAAACACAGUGAUCUGCCGGAGC